AAGUCACGUGGCUAGUACCGGAAACACAUUGGCUGAAGCAUGUAGUUUAUUUCUUUUUCAGUGUGGCUGAUAGAAGCAGCUGGUGUUUAUUUCUACACCGGAGAAUAGUGUCUGGUUUAGUCACUGUAAACAAUAAUUAAAACGAGUGGCCCGUUAUAUGUUUUUUUUUUCAGCAGGAGUAAUACUCUUGGAAGAGUGACACGUGCAGACCUAAAACUGCUUUAAUUUUGUAUUUGCUGCUGAACUUGCGAUUUUUUUCUAUACCGGACCAUGGCAGAACAGCUAGAAAAUGUCUUGCACAGACUUCUACAACCGGAUAAUGCAGUUAUACAGCAGGCUACAGCAGAAUUAAAGGUUGCUUUUCGAGACCCAUCAGUGGUUCCAGCCCUGUGCUGUAUUUUGACCAGAUCAGCUAAUGCACAGAUCCGUCAGUUUGCAGCAGUUUUGAUGAGAAGACGAGUUGGCAAACAGUGGAGGAAACUUGCCCCUGAAAUGAAGGAAAGUAUUCUCGAAUGGAGGGUGGAGGUUGUAAGUUUUUUCAUAUGUGAAAAACAACACUGUAAAGGAGCAUUAAGUUAUGCUGGCCAGCCAAAUUCACGUUUCUUUUAUGGUGAUUUUAUUCAUCUAAUUGCGACAAGGUACAGUGUAACCAUUGUGUGGAAGAAGGACAUACUGCAGGAAAAUGUUUGCCUCAAUGCAGGCUGUGUUUAA